UGCUGUUGAGCAUGUCCUAACAUGUCUCAUUCGUGUUCCAACUUUCGAGCAGCGUGGUAUCUGUGCUGGUGUGUCAAGAAAUUUAAGAACGAUAUCGUAUAUUUCGAAUUUACCGGAGCGCGCCGAAAUCUCGAAAACGAGGAAUCCAAUUUUUACGCCUGGCCCGGUAAACAACGUACCUUCACGUCGCUUUUUUUUGUGAAUUUCCGAAAUUUCCGUUGAUAUUUCCGUAUAAAAAAUAUCCAUAUCGACAUAAACAUUCUGCGCGGUUCGGCGGUUGGUUGCUUUUCGCUGCGUAUGGCUUGAAAGUGAUUAUUGACUAAAUAAUAAAUAAACUGUGCGCGAUUGAUAACUCAAAAUGAUAAUAAAUAAGAGUCAAAUAGAAUCGUAGAGCAAUUGCAUUGGGCUUGGCCAAUAUUGAGAGACGGUGGAGAGCGGCGGGAUAAACCAACGGUUAUUAUUUCCCCCCCUUACACUCGAUCCGUGCAACGGUUAAUCCCACGACGAAAGAAGAGAGAAACAACGGGGAACGGAACGUGAAGAGGAGGUACUGAUCAAAACAAAGCGUAUGCGGCAGUAAUUCGGCAAUUGGUAGAAUCUCCCACACACCACAGAAGAAACCCGCAGAACCAAAAAUGUUCGAGAUAGAGGACUAUUCGAGCGGCAUACACGAUGGUUUCUUCAACAAAUACGCGGAUGCGGCUGGCCCUUCGCUAGACUUUUACGUGUCCGACUCGAUGCAGGACAUGCUGGACGUGGACAUCCGGGCGGAGAUAGCCAGUACAUUGGCUACCUCUAGCGACCUGACCUCGCUGGACCACGCCCUGGAGACGAUUUCGGCCAUCAACAACAACACGAGCAGCGGCAGCAACCUGCCGGUGGCAUACAACGCCAAUGCCAAUUUCCUGGCCAGCAGCACGCUGCACGCCUCGCCGACGGCCAAGUGGAUGGGCUCCUCGGCCAACUUCUGGUCGAACACCGACUACUACGCCGAUCUGGGGGCCUGCGUGAAUCCCAUUUCGGUGAUGCCGCUGAUCAACUCCGCUGUCUGCUCGGCCUCCUCCAUGCUGGGGUCGCCGCGCAGGGGCAAGGCAGCCACUUCCACACAGUCGCGGGCCGUGCCGGCAUCACCAUGCGGGGACCGGGACCAGCACAAGUCACAUCUGACCUUCUCGCCGGCCCAGAUGAAGGUCAGCGCUGGAUCGCUGCGCCGGGAGCAAGUGAGCGCACACAUACCCAAACAGAUUUCGGUGGUAACCGGCACCGGGAGCACGGCACCGGCCACCAUGGCCACCAACUCGGUGCUGCAGCGCCGAAACUCCUCGGCGGUGGAUGCGGUGCGCAAGGAUCUGGGCACGGAGCUGCGCAGGGCCCAGUCGCAGUCCAGUCCGUCUGAGGAGGGCGGCAACAAGACCUCAAAGACCUCCUCCAACCUGCUCACCACCGGAGGCGUCUCCACCAACACGAUCAAGCUGGCGCCCGGCAUCGGGGGCCUGACCUUCGCCAACAGCGCCGCCUACCAAAAGCUGAAGCACCAGUCGUCGGCCAAAUCCCCCAACGGCUCGUCCCCGAGCUCGGGCAACGGCAUGGUCCUGAAGCGGGAGGAGGCCUCCAAGCGCGGCCUGCUGCAGCAGGGGAGCACCACACCAAAGAGCAUCGCCUCGUCGGCCCAUUCGCCGCACCACCAGAUGCAGAGCAUGGGCUCGCCAUCGUCCGGCUCGUCGCUGGCCUCCUCCUCGCCGCUCAGCAAUGGCAGCAACCUGGUCAACAUCGCCAACAACAGCAGCGGCAGUGCUGGUCUCGUCAAGCCGCUGCAGCAGAAGGUCAAGCUGCCUGUCGUGGGCAGCGCCUUCCCCAAGCCGGCCUACUCAUACUCCUGCCUCAUCGCGCUGGCCCUGAAGAACUCGCGGGCCGGCUCGCUGCCCGUCUCGGAGAUCUACAGUUUCCUGUGCCAGCACUUUCCGUACUUCGAGAAUGCGCCCAGUGGCUGGAAGAACAGCGUGCGGCACAAUCUGUCGCUGAACAAGUGCUUUGAGAAGAUCGAGCGCCCGGCCACGAACGGCAAUCAGCGCAAGGGCUGUCGCUGGGCCAUGAACCCGGAGCGCAUCACCAAGAUGGACGAGGAGGUGCAGAAGUGGUCGCGCAAGGAUCCACAGGCCAUACGCUGCGCCAUGGUCUAUCCGGAGCACCUGGAGUCGCUGGAGCGCGGCGAGAUGAAGCACGGAUCGGCCGACUCCGAUGUGGAGCUCGAUUCGACGUCGGAGAUCGAAGAGUCGUCCGAUCUGGAGGAGCAGGACUUCGACGACACCCUUGUGGAUGCGAUGCUCGUUGAGGAGGACGAAGAUGUCGUCGACGAGGAUGAGGACGACGAUAUGCUGCGCGAGUUCGAGGCCGAGGAAGAGCUACUCGCCAGCCACCCCGCUGCCAGCCAGUCGAGCCAUCACCUGCCCCUUGACCACGUCCUGCUCGGCCAGAAGAGCAGCGACUUUGACAUUGAGGUGAGUUUGGAAAGGCACCUGGUCGAGAAGUCUUCGUUGCUAUACGAGAAGGUCGACGAACAACUGUACGAUGCCAUCGACAUCGAGGACGAUAAGGAGGCAGUGCGCCGCACCAUAGCCAGCGGCCAAGGCACACACAUCAUCGAGCUGAAUCCGGCCGAUCUGAAUGCGAACCACAACGGCUACCACCACCAGCAGCAGCAGCAGGCGAAGCGUGCGCGUCUGGACAUCAACUAUGCCAUCGGCCCCGCCGGCGAGCUGGAGCAGCAGUAUGGCCAGAAGGUGAAGGUGCAGCAGCUGGUGCAGACACAGGCGCAGCCACAGCCGACCACAUACAAUCGCCGCAAGAUGCCACUGGUCAACCGCAUCAUUUAAAGGGGCAAAGGCCAAGCCGCCCCGCUCUCUUUCGAUUUGCACAAACCACAUACCAUGCAGUACCACAGUAGUAGCCAUGGAUGUUUCACACACACGCGCAUAAAUUAAAUAGCAUACACUUAGUGCUAGGCCCACGCUACAUAGUAUAGGAAAGAAGCCCCCUUGCUACGCUUAAACGUAUCCCUAAGAACAUUUUCGGUAAUCAUUUGUCAGUUGUACCCGUGCCCAAUACCCAUCUAAACUGAUUGAAAAUCAGAAUUUAUACAUUUUAUUAUUUUGGAGAUCUCAUUUCUCUCCAGUUAAGCUUACUUUGAAUCUUUUUGUAGUCCUUAUUAAUCUGUGGUCGAUUUUCGAAUAAAUCUAUGCCAAUAAUUGUAAAGGUUUGCUCGAAACUUUUGCCCAAAUCGACACUCUGCCUUGAGUCUCUGUCUUGACGCUUGAGCAGUAGAAAGAAACUCUCAACCAAGUGAAAGUCUCAGUAGUUAGUCCUGACCCCCUGACGAUGCAUAAAGCUAUUUGUAAUGUUAAUUGUUUUCCAAUUUUGAAUAAUUGAGUAAUGAUUUGAAUAAUGAUGAUAAUUGAAUAAUGAUCUCCCUUGACCCCCGUUGAUCACAAACACCCUGACAAACGUGAAGAUUUCAUACUCCAUUAAACUUAACGAAACUUGACGCAGUUAUUAUAUAGAUUAUAGAUUAUUGACAAUGUGCAACACAACAACACAAAAACACAAAAACAACAACGAUUAUUGGACAACGAAAUGGGAACAUUAUGUUCGCUUUUCCAGCUUUUGUUAAUCUUUUGUACCCGAAAUGUGACAAUUUGCAGCAUUUGCAAGCAUUUUUCAGCCGAUUCCGAAUCCGAAUUCCAACUUUAAGUUAGGUAAUGUUGUAAAAAAAAACUAAACACACCACAAACACACACACAUAAACAACUUGCCGGUCCAGUAUUCGCAUGCGGAUUUUUUAUAGAACUUUUGUAUGUAUUUGUACUAUAUAUGAAACGAGAAUAGAAUCUACAUUAUUGCUGGAAAGAACAGUCAAUUAUUUUUACGAAUAUACAUAGUAGGAUUGUAGUGUAAAUAGUUUUCACACAAUUUAAGAAUUUAAGAAUAGGCUUAAGAUGAAAAAAUAAACUAUUGUAUACUAUAUGUAGCUAAUCGUAAGUGAAACAACCCGUAUUCCAAAUGAAACGACACAGGAUCCGCAAACCAAUAAGACUUGAAGCGAACAUGAUCAAGCCUCAGAUUUAAAAUAGUACAAAGAGCCGAUUAACGAUUUACAAGGCCUGUUGCUCAUGACUGGCAUUUUGCUCACUUGAAUAUAAAGCAUUUUUGUUUUUUUUUUGUUUUCUCAACUUUUGCAUUCAACUAUUCCACAAGCGAAAUAAAUACAACAUUCAUACACUUUUUUUCGUUGUAAUACUAGCACCUAAGUAGCAUUUAACAAAUUAUACCGAUACCGAUACCAAUACCUAUAUCCAUACCCGAUACCCAUAUCCAUACCCGAUACAGAUAGAAACCUAUGUAAAUGCCUAAGCUAAGAGUGAACCAUUUUUGUAUAGAGUUGAUACUGAAAAAUUUAAACCAAAAAAAUUCAAUAAAAAUAAAAAAA